UCAAAAGUAGCACAUUUAAACGAGCGUCGUAAAGCUAUUAUAAUGAAUUUUAAUUUAUAUUUUAUAUUUCUAGUAAAUUUAACUUUAGUAGUAGGAGUUAAAAGGAGUUAUGAAGGAUAUAAAGUGUAUAAAACAGUUCCUAAAACACAACAGCAGUUAGAUGAUUUAGUUCUUCUCCGGGAAAAUGGUAUUGCAGAGUUUUGGGAUGAUAAUAUUGUUAUAAAUCAAGAUUCUAGGAUAACAGUGUCAUCAGAGAAGGAAUCCGAGUUUUUGGAACGUUUGAACAAGUCUGAACUCAAUGUUGAACUGCUUAUAGAUGACUUACAAAGAGUUAUUAAUGAACAGUUGAAUUCUACAAGAAGGAGUGUGGAUUCCUCAGCAUUCCUUUCUCUUGAUUGGGAUAACUACCAUUCUCUAGAAGAGAUUUACUCAUGGCUUGAUGAAUUGGCUGCAACCUAUCCUGAUAUAGUAAAAGUUGUCGUAAUGGGACGGUCUGUUGAGAAUAGAGAAAUUAAAGGCAUAAUAAUAGAUUAUAAAAAGACUACAUAUCCUCCCCGAGGUAUGUUAGAAGGUACAUGCCAUGCCAGGGAAUGGAUAUCAGCAGCAACCGUGACCUGGAUUAUUAAGGAGUUCUUGACAAGUACAGAUCCUGAAGUCAGAUUUCUGGCGGAGAACUUUGAAUGGCACAUAUUCCCUGUUGUUAAUCCGGAUGGCUAUUCUUAUUCAUUCACUGAUAAUAGGAUGUGGAGAAAGAAUCGUAGUACGGCCAACUUCACUUCGUGUUCAACAGGUGACGACAACAGCAAUGGUGUCGAUCUCAACAGAAACUUUGACUUCGUUUGGAUGUCCACUGGAGCAUCAAACGAUCCCUGCUCUAACACCUUCGCUGGUCCGCAACCUUUCUCCGAACCGGAAUCUCAAGCCAUUGCACAAUACGUCUCACAUCUACAGAAGGACAGACAUAAUCUUAUUUAUUACAUUGCUUUCCACUCGUACAGCCAACUUGUUGUGGUUCCGUACAGUCAUGUUAGUGGUCCUGGUGUCUUGACAGCAAGUAAUUAUGGAGAUAUGUAUGAAAUAGGAGUCAGGGGAGCUGAUAAAUUGAGAGAAAGAUUCGGAACUAACUAUAGAGUUGGUGUAUCUGCGGAUGUUAUGUAUGAAAUGAGCGGAACAAGUUUUGAUUGGGUGAAGCAUGAAGCCGAAGUGCCUGUCACAUACCUAAUCGAAAUGAGGGAUAUGGGUGUAUACGGGUUUUUGCUGCCGGCUGAUCAGAUCAUACCGAACAGCAGAGAAAUUAUGGAAUUCAUACUCGAAAUGGAUAGAGUGACUAGAAGAAUGGAAUAUUACCAUAUACCCUUUUCGUCUGCUACUUAUUUCGUAUCUAAUACAAUUUUUAUUACUGCCAUAGUUUUAUUUGUAAUGAUUUCAACACUUAACUGUAAUUUAUUGUUGAUCCAACACGUUGCUAAAGACAUGGAUAUUAAAAUAUUAGUAAUAUUUGUUGGAAUAUUUUGUAGUACAAAUGCAGCGAAAUCUUACGAACACUUCAAAGUGUACAAUGUGGUUCCAAAAACAGACGUCCAAGUGCAAUACCUUACUGAUUUGAGAAAAGAAAACUAUGAUUUUUGGACAGAUAUAAUUGAAAUUGAUAGUAAUGUAAGAAUUAUGGUAUCACCAGAGCAAGCCGAUGAACUGGUGCAGUAUAGUAAAAGUGUAGGAAUGGAUAUUCAGUUAAGCAUACACAAUGUACAAGAAUUAAUUGAUGCUCAAAUGAAGCCCGCAAUAGGUACGAGAUCAACUUCUCUAGGGUCUCUUUCCUGGGAUGAAUAUUAUACACUAGAAGAAAUUUAUAAAUGGCUUGAUGAACUGGAAGAAUUAUAUCCUAAUAUAGUUAGAACAGUAACUAUCGGAUCUACAUAUGAAGGACGGCAAAUAAAAGGCAUAGUCUUGGAUUUGAAAGCCGGUGAAAGACCAGGUGGGCCAUUAACAGGCGUGAUAGAAGGUGGAAUUCACGCCAGGGAAUGGAUAUCUCCAGCUACUGUCACUUAUAUAAUUAAAGAAUUCUUAACAAGCGAGGAGCCUGCUAUAAGAAACUUAGCUGAGACUUUUGUAUGGCACAUAAUCCCAGUUACAAAUCCUGAUGGAUAUGAUUACACGUUUACUGGGAAUCGAAUGUGGAGGAAAAACCGGAAUCCAGAUAACUAUGUACCUUGCACGGGUAAUAGUGAUUUGGGUAAUGGCAUCGAUUUGAACAGAAACUUUGACUUUGUUUGGAUGUCUGUCGGCGCAUCGAAUAAUUCUUGCAGCGAGACCUACGCCGGACCCACAGCGUCAUCGGAACUCGAAGCUCGUGCUUUAUCAAACUAUGUGCUUGGCAUUAAAAAUAAUGGCCACGGAGAAGUGAUCUACUACUUCGCCUUCCACUCCUUCUCGCAGAUGAUCCUGGUACCUUACAGUCAUGUAACGGGUACAGGGGUUUUGGAUGCUAAAAAUUACGGUGAUAUGUAUGAAAUCGCAAUACGUGGAGCUGACAAGCUGAAGGAGAGAUACGGGACUCAAUACACAGUGGGCGUAUCUGCUGAGAUCUUGUAUGCAGUCAGCGGUUCCAGCUUUGAUUUUAUGAAGGGCGUUGUUGAUAUUCCAAUAGUCUAUCUAUUCGAGCUUCGUGACGUUGGACAAUAUGGCUUCCUUCUGCCACCAUCACAAAUCAUACCCAACGGUGAAGAGAUUAUGGACUGCUUAAUCGAGAUGGAUAGGGUGACAAGAUUGCUAGGGUAUUACCAUUACCCCUCAUCUUCUAUUACUGUCUAUGGAUCAGCCAUAUCAGUGUUUACCCUUCUAAUAAUUUUAAUGAUCUUUUAAUUGAUCGAUGUAUGUGAUAAAUCAGUUUCUGGUUA